AUGGCGACGCCGAGAGAGUACAUAGAAGAGAUCAGGAAGAAGAAGUUCAAGAUCGGAGAAGAACCGGAUCCGAAGAACGAAGACUUGCAUCAUGCCGUCAACUACCUCUCUGCUGAACUCUAUACCAAAGAUGUCCAUUUUCUCAUGGAGCUCAUCCAAAAUGCAGAGGACAAUGAGUACCUGGAAGGAGUAAAACCAUCACUGGAGUUUGUGAUAACGUCGCGGGACAUAACGGCCACCAGAAACGAGAAGGGGAUUUCUGCGAGGAACAUAGAGUCCAUUUGCUGUGUUGGGCGCUCCACCAAGAAAGGCAACCGUAAAAGUGGUUAUAUUGGCGAGAAAGGUAUUGGAUUCAAGAGUGUGUUUCUCAUCACAUCUCAGCCUUACGUGUUUAGUAAUGGCUAUCAAAUAAGAUUUAAUGAAGAACCUUGUCCACAGUGCAAAGUUGGAUACAUUGUCCCUGAAUGGGUAGAUCAAGACCCGAUUCUUUCCAACAUAAAGCAAGUAUAUGGUUCUGGCACUUCUCUUCCCACCACAAUAAUUGUGUUGCCUCUGAAGCCCGACAAGGUUAUACCUGUGAAGCAGCAACUCUCCAGUGUUCAUCCUGAACUUCUUUUAUUUCUUUCGAAGAUAAAGAGGCUUUCAAUCAAGGAAGAUAACAAGGAUUCUAAGCUUAAUUCUGUGACUGCAAUAUCAAUUUCAAGCGAGACUAAUUUUGCUACAAGGAAGAACAUCGAUGCUGAGUCCUUUCUGCUCCAUCUCUCUGCCAAUGAAAAAGGUGACAACUUGGAAAAAGAAUGCAGCUACCAUAUGUGGAGGCAGAGGUUUCCUGUUAAGCAGGAAAAUAUAGUGGAAAGAAGAAUGGAUGUGGAAGAGUUGGUGAUCACUUUGGCUUUUCCAAAUGGGCAGCGCCUCAACAGAGGCAUGCAAACUCCUGGAAUCUACGCGUUCCUCCCUACAGAGAUGGUUACAAAUUUUCCCUUUAUAAUUCAGGCAGAUUUUCUUCUAGCGUCGUCAAGGGAAACCAUCCUCUUGGAUAACAAAUGGAACCAAGGGAUUCUUGACAAUGUGCCCUCUGCUUUUAUUUCUGCAUUAAUUUCGCUGGUGAAAUCAGUAGAAGAUGCUCCAGCAUCUAGCCUACCUCGUAUGUUUGAGUUCUUACCUAUCAACAGCUCUCCUUAUCCCCAGUUGAAUGUUGUUCGGGAAAAAAUCAAAGCAAAAUUGUUGGAUGAAACUAUAAUACCUUGUGAGUCAUACACGGAGCAUAAGCUUUUUCGUAAACCCGGUGAAGUAUGGAGGCUAAUGCCUGCUUUUUGGAGCAUAUUAGAUAAGGCGAGGAAGGAGGAAGGGCUGAGCUUGCACAAUGUUUCUUCCAAUGGGCGAUAUGUGCUUAGUUCUUCAUUCGAUAGAAAGGACUAUGACCACAUAUUAAAUUUCUUGGGAUUGAAACUUGUAGAGGACGAAUGGUAUGCAAACUGCCUCCGGUUAACUAAUCUCAUGUUGGGAGUGUCAGAGGAGGUGUAUUUGGAUAUUCUGUUGUUUCUAGCUGAGAAAUGGAGUUCUAAUUUUCAGAGAACUAACAUCAGAAACAUACCACUUCUGAAGUAUGUGAAUCUCAAUGGGGAUGUGUCUUUUUACACUGUAAAUAAUGUUUCCCAGAAGAUUGUGGUUCUUCUAUCCCGUGAACCUCAUCAGAUAUCAUGGCUGAUUGAUUGGAACCAGGAAUUUAGAAUUGGCCGGCUUUUCUUACCUAAAUCUACACAAGAAGCCAUCCAUCGAUGUUCGAAGAGGCAGACACUAUUGGAAUGGCUCUCAAAAGAGCUGAAGGUUGAUGCUGUUAAUGUCUACCAAUAUACAGCUUUACUUGCUAAAUCACUAUUUAUUGAUCGGAAGCUUGUUAUUACUUAUGUUCACUUCUUAUAUCACUCACUUACAAAGAACCAUUUGUCUUGGAUGGAGGUUAAUCAUUUAUGUCGUAGUAUGCCACUAGUGGACAACUAUGGGCGGUUGAUGGCACAAGGUAAAGGGGUUCUUGUUCCUGCUAUUGGAAGCAAAUGGUUCAGUCUGAUUGGUUCGAAUCCUUGGAGAUACCAAGGUUUUGUUGAGCUAGGAGAAGACUAUUUGCAUUCGGGCACAUUUGCUGGUGUAUGUACUCCUGAGAAGCAGCUUAUUUCUUUCCUUAAAAGUAAUCUUGGAGCCUCUGACGUCCCUGAUUUAUCUCCUCCAGAUGUUGCUAUUCCUACAAUGUGUUCCCCGCUUACCAAGCAAAACACGUUCUUGCUUUUGGAUUGGAUUCGUAACAGGAAACGAAAGGGCGUUGAACUGCCCAGAAAUUUCUUGUCAUGCAUUAAGAACGGAAGCUGGAUGAAGAUUUCUCUGAGCGGCAGUCCUGGCUAUAGGCCUCCAUCUCAGUCAUUCCUACCAACCUCAUCAUGGGGCCAACUUCUGCAAAACGAAUGUGUGCUUGUUGAUAUCCCAAUAAUCGAUCGGAGUUUUUAUGGGGAUGAAAUAGAUGGAUACAAAGAAGAGUUGCGAGCAAUAGGAGUGAUGUUUGAAUAUGGAGAGGCUUGUCAAUUUGUUGGGAAGCAUCUCAUGUCUCUGAUGGCUUCCUCUACUCUGACGAGAGGGAAUGUGGUUUCGAUACUGAAGUUUAUUAAGUUUUUGAAGGAUAAAUUUCUUUCUGCUGAAGAAUUUAUCCGUAGUAUCAGAUUAGGAAAAUGGUUGAAAACUUCACUUGGCUACAGGUCCCCUGUUGGAUCUGUUUUGUAUGAUGAUGAAUGGAGAGUUGCAUCACAGAUCAGCGACAUCCCAUUUAUUGAUCGAGACUACUACGGUGAGGAAAUCGUUGGUUUCAAAACUGAACUCCAGCUGCUGGGUGUUGUUAUUAGCUUCGGUCAAAAUUACCAGGUUGUGUCUGAUCAUCUAAAAUCUCCAGCUCACAUCAAUGCUCAAACUGCUGAAUCCGGACUUUUUGUACUGGAAUGUUUACAGCUUCUGAAAUCAUCUGACAAGUUUGUUCAAGCGUUUAGAAACAACAAAUUUUUGAAGACAAACAUGGGUUACACGUAUCCAGUUGGGUCAUAUCUGUUGAAUCCUGCAUGGGGUUUCCUUCUUCGUGUUUUCAAUUGCUUCCCAUCUAUUGACGAAAACUUCUAUGGGAACAGCAUCGUCUUGUACAAGAAUGGGUUGAAGCAAUUGGGGGUCGUAGUGGAUUUUGAGGAGGCAACCAUAGCAUUUGUUCGCGUAUUCAGGCAGCAAUCGGCACUACCUUCCAUUAAUAAAGACAAUGUUCUAUCACUCCUGGCAUGUUACAGAAAGCUACAGGGUACAACUUUUGAGUUCCCUGAUGAGCUGAAGAGAUGUAUCUGUAAGGUUAAAUGGGUACGAACUCGCCUAGGUGAUUGCAGAGCUCCAAGGGAUUGCAUUCUGUUUGGCCCUGAUUGGGAAUCUCUCUCUGGUAUCUCUUUGCUUCCCUUUAUUGAUGAUACUGACAGUUACUAUGGCAAGGGCAUCGGCCGUGAAUUUAUAGAGGAGCUAAAGAGUAUAGGAGUUGUUGUUGCUUUGAAGGAUGGUUUCAGGUUUGUGGCUGCUGGCCUUUCUUUACCCCUUGAUCCUAGUAGAAUUACUCCUGCAAAUGUGUAUUCUUUACUAGAAUGUGUCCGCAACUUUCAGCAACAGAAGCAUGAGACUUUGCCUGAUUCAUUUUUGAAGAAAAUUGGUAAUGGAUGGUUGAAAACCCACUCUGGCUAUAGGACUCCUGAGAAGUGUCUGCUGUUCGAUUCUGAUUGUGGUUCAUUCUUACAGCCAGAUGAUGGACCAUUCAUUGAUGAAGAAUUCUAUGGCUCCAAAAUUACAUUCUAUGCUAAAGAGCUCAGUUCAAUAGGCGUCACUGUUGAAGCUAGAAAUGGAUGUCACCUGCUUGCUGAUCACAUAAAAUUUCAUUCCAAGUUCACUACUAUCGUUCGAACCUAUAGUUACUUGAUGAACUUCAACUGGGUGCCUAACAGCGGAGAUACAAGAAUGAUUUGGAUUCCAAAUGGAAGUGAUGAUGGAGUGUGGGUAAAACCGGGAGAAUGUGUUCUCUCAGAUGAGGAUAAUCUCUUUUGUAUGCAGUUGAAGGUGUUGGAGAAACACUAUGAGAAAAAUUUACUUAAGUUUUUCUCAAAUGUUUUGGGAGUUAAAGCCCAUCCUUCACUUGACGACUAUUGUUUUCUUUGGAAGCAAUGGGAGUGUUCUGGGAAGCCACUUUCGCCUGCGACUUGUCAUGCCUUUUGGAAAUUUGUAACAGAUAACUGGAGUUCGAGGACAGAGAAGACUCUUGUUGAUAAUUUAUUGAAACUGCCUGUAUAUUCUUCUUCAGGUGAAAUUUUGUUGUAUAAAAGGCAAGAUGUUUUCAUUGCUGAUGACCUUCAGCUGAAGGAUCUUUUCGAACAGUGGCCAAUAUUUGUCUGGUUUCCUCAGGCGAGCUCACCAUCCCUCCCUCGGUUCAAGCUUCUUGAGGUUUACAGCAAAAUUGGCAUCCGAAACAUUUCUGAAUGCGUGAGGAAAGAAGAAACAUCUGCAAUGGAUGGUGGUGGGCCAAAUCAAGGAAGUCCUAGGGACAAUUUGAUUGGGAAAGGGCUGAUUAGGCUCAUUCUCGGGUUUCUAGCUGGUCCAACUCUCCGAAUGGAAGCAGAGAAUAGGCAUGAAGCUGUCAGAUGCCUAAUUAAUCUAACUGUGCUUGAGACACCACAGCCAAUUAUGAUUGGCUAUAGUUUAACUCUCUCUUCUGGAGAAAACUUGAAAGCAGAAGCAAAACCGAUGAUCCGUUGGGAAAAGGAUAGUAAAAGGUUAUUUGUGAAGAAUUUGGACAGGUCAGGUGGACAUAGAAGUAACAUUGAAUAUGCUACAUAUUUUUCUGAAGCAAUAGCCAGGGGAUUGCUGUGGGAGAAGGAAGAUUCUAUUGACCAACUGGCUGAACUGAUCAAAUUGGGAUUCCUUGUGGAAUUUGAUGAGUGUGCAAUUGGGUUCUUGAUGAAGACCAAGAAUCUGCAGCUGUUUUUGGAGGAUGACAGGUUCCUCUCUUCGGCCUUUCCUUUUAGAUUCUGGGGAUUACCCGCCUCAAUCGUCGAUUUCUGCAUGCAUUUCUACAGUAGGUUUUUUUGAAUUACUGCUGUUUGGAAGUGUGAGAAAAUAUGUCCAUCUCCUCUGAAGUAUGUGAUGAUGGAGGGCUCGUUUUGGUCAAAAAACAAAAGCAUUAGAUAAACAGCUGUUUUGUAUUAGCUAUGCAAUGUUCUGCUGAUGUUUUCUGAAGUAGUUUUGAUAAAACC